AUGCAGGUGAUAACAUGCGCGUUGUUUACGCUCGCCAGUCUCCCUCUCAGCGCCGGGUUGGAGGCCGACUCCUGCCCUGCUGUCUGCGAGUGCUCUGAGUGGAAGACGCACACGAUCUCCUGCUUUGACAUCGCUGUUCUCCCCCGGUUCCCUGGCAGCACGGAGACACUAUGGCUUUUCGAGACCCGUCUGUCAUCGGUGCCAACAGAUGCCUUUGCCAACAUGGUCAACAUCUCCAGGAUAUAUAUAUCAGUGGAUGUGACGCUGCAGAAGCUGGAGAGGCACUCCUUCUACAACCUGAAGAAAAUCACCCAUAUAGAGUUACGUAACGCAAAAAGUCUGAGCUACAUUGACCCAGAAGCCUUUAAAAAUCUCCCAAACCUCAAAUACUUGGGAAUUUUCAAUACCGGCCUUUCUGUCUUCCCUGACUUGAGCAACAUCCACUCUAAUGACAUGAACUUCAUACUGGAGGUUGUUGAUCAUCCCUUCAUCACGGAGAUUCCAGCCAACUCAUUCCGUGGCAUAACCAGCGACGUGCUGACAGUGAUGCUGUAUGGAAAUGGCUUCAGAGAAAUCCAACACCAUGCCUUCAAUGGGACCAAGCUAGAUCAAGUAGACCUUCACAGGAAUAAGUAUCUUACCAAGAUGGAUGAAAAGGCUUUUGCGGGCACCAUCAGCGGUCCCAUGCUUCUAGACGUGUCCCUAACAGGGAUCACCUCCCUGCCGACCACAGGUGUUGAUUCUCUCCGGGAGCUGAAGGCACGCGAUGCCUGGGCCCUCAAGAAACUUCCACCCAUCAAAACCUUCAAGCACCUCACCAUUGCCAACCUCACCUACCCCAGCCACUGCUGCGGCUUCAAAAACCUAAAAAAAAAACGAGGGUUUUUGGAGUACCUCAUCUGUAACUUGACUGCGUUCUAUGAUCAGCAUCACAAGCGUUCUGUAGGGCCCCUUGGCAUCCCUUCCCUCCAAGGGGACGUUGUGGAGGAAACAAUCCCAGAUGAGGAUCCAAAUGACGGAAACCACAGAGAGUCCCAAGACUGGAGGAGAGGUGACUUCCAUGGAAGCCUCCACUACCACGCCUACUUUGGGGGCCAGCCAGAUGAGGAUGUGGGUUUUGGAGAGACCCUCAAGAACCCCCAGGAGGACACCAGCCAAGACUUUAACAGUCGUUAUGAUUAUGUGGUGUGUGAGGAGGGAGAGGAGGUGGCAUGUGCACCAGUGCCUGAUGAGUUCAAUCCUUGUGAGGACAUAAUGGGUUUUGGCUUCUUGCGAGUGUCUGUGUGGUUUGUGAGUCUGCUGGCUGUUCUGGGAAAUAUGGUGGUGCUGCUGGUGCUGCUCACCAGCCACUACAAGCUCUCGGUCUCCCGCUUCCUCAUGUGUCACCUGGCUUUUGCAGAUCUGUGCAUGGGGAUUUAUCUGCUGCUUAUCGCCUCUGUAGACCUCCACACACGAGCCGAGUACUUCAACCACGCCAUAGAUUGGCAGACGGGCCCUGGCUGUGGACUUGCAGGUUUUUUUACAGUCUUCGCAAGCGAACUGUCAGUCUACACUUUGACGGUGAUCACUCUGGAGAGGUGGUAUGCUAUCACCUUUGCUAUGCGGCUAGAUCGUAAGCUGCGUCUGCACCAUGCGGCAGUCGUGAUGCUAGGCGGCUGGAUCUUCUGCCUCCUACUGGCCCUGCUCCCACUGAUUGGGGUGAGCAGUUACCAGAAGGUCAGCAUCUGUCUCCCCAUGGACACUCAGUCCACUGUGGCUCAGGUCUACAUCUUGUCAGUGCUGGUCCUCAACAUCCUAGCCUUUCUUGUUAUCUGUGCUUGCUACUUCAAGAUCUACUGUACAGUUCACAACCCUCACUACCGUUCUGGAUCCAAGGAUACCAACAUCGCCAAGCGCAUGGCUGUCCUCAUCUUUACUGACUUCUUGUGUAUGGCGCCUAUCUCCUUCUACGCCAUGUCGGCUGCGCUGGACCGGCCGCUCAUCACCGUCUCCAACUCCAAGAUUUUAUUGGUGCUCUUCUACCCGCUCAAUUCCUGUGCCAACCCGUUCCUCUAUGCCAUCUUCACGAAAGCUUUCAGGGGGGACAUAUUCAUCCUCCUCAGUAAGGUGGGCCUUUGUCAGCAGCGAGCACAGCUGUUCAGAGGCCAGACGGUCUCGUCAAAGGGCAGUAGCGCAACAUCUCAGAAUCGUAAAGACAAGGAUAGGGUUAAGAAAGUUGGAAACGGAGGCCAGGAAGAAGUGCCCAUCCACCUGAAGAAGUGCUUCGGUCAAACCGACCACCAAGCAGUCUGCCAGCUGACAAGUCCUGAAGAGAGCCAGAGCCUGAACACGUGAGCCAAACACCAGCUCAAGGUAGUCAAGCAGGGCAGGUUCCGGUGGGAAAGGAAACGUCUUGAUGUGUUUGUGGACAGAUCCAUUUGGAUAGUUAACAGAA